UCUACAGUCGGCAAUACACUUUAUUAUCUCCACAAAGAGGUAGUCAUGGCGGACAGAGAAAGCAAUGGUGAUGAUCACCGGUCUCAUUCAGAUGGCGAGGGUGAAGGUUCCGACGUCGGCUCACCCGGCUCGCAAUCGUCCGCGGCUGCGGGUCACAGCGGCGACAACCCCUCACCUCCCGGCUCACCAAUGAGCGGUGCGGGGUCAGCAGCAAGUGGGUCGACCCCCAGGUCACAGGGUCACAGCGGCUCCAGUCCUGGGUCGCCACGGAGCGGGUCGGGGUCAGCUCAGGGGUCGCCGCGAAGUGGGUCGGAGUCUGGUUCUGGCGGCAGCUCGCCACACAGCCGAGCGGGGAGCGACAGGGAAGCUUCCCAUGCGGGAUCUGCUUCCCCCGCGGCGUCCCCGCACAGCGGAGGGUCGGGCGGCUCUCGCGUCGCGACCCCCGUGGGGUCGGACGCCUCACCGGGCUCGCCUCGCAGCCCCGCGGGAUCGGACGACGGCGGAUCGCGACCGGCAUCCCCCGGGAGCGCGUCCGGGGAUUCGCGUCCCGGCACGCCUCGCAGCGGGGUCGGAUCUUCCGGCUCUCCCGCGAUGGAGAUUGACGAGGGAGCGAAGGACGGGUCCGGGGGAUCGGCGCCCGGCUCACCGGCGCCCUCUGCAUCACCGCAGGCGGGCUCGCCUAGGAGUCGAUCGGGCUCAGAAGCCAGAUCGGUUAGAAGUCGCUCCGGCUCAGAAGCUGGCUCGCCCGACCGCGCGGCACGCUCUAGAUCGCGGUCAAGGUCGGGGUCAAGGUCGAGGUCUGGGUCACGAUCGAGGUCAGGGUCACGGUCUGGAUCGGCGUCGCCCGUCGCAGCGCAGCCGUCACCGCUGUCAGGAGCCGAGAGCGGCGGAGAGUCACCGAGUGUGGUCAUCAAGAAAAAGAAGCAGCAGCUGUUUGGCAGCGACAGUGACGAAGAUGCAAAUAAGGAAGAAAAGGAAGGCGCGAAACAAGAUGACAUGUUCGGCGACGUCGGAGACAUCAGCUCUGAGGAUGAGACGCAAGGAAAGCCAACAGAAGAGCAGCCGAUGGACAAUCCCUACCAGCUUGAGGAGGAACCUGCAGAACCAGAGGAGGAGAAGGAAACACAGAUAGAGGUGGAGAUGCCAAAGAUCUCCCAGGACCUCGGCAACCAGAUGCACUUUGUCAAGAUGCCCAACUUCCUGAGCAUAGAAGUGAGGCCAUUUGAUCCGUCAACGUAUGAGGACGAGAUUGAUGAGGAUGAAGUGCUAGACGAGGAAGGCAGAGCCCGUCUCAAACUCAAGGUGGAGAACACGAUUCGUUGGAGAAACGGCACGGAUGCUGAUGGCAACACCGUCAAGCAGAGCAACACCAGAGUCGUGCGCUGGUCGGAUGGAAGCAUGUCCUUGCACCUGGGCUCGGAGGUGUUUGACAUUCACAAGACAUUCAUCCAAGGUGACCACCAUCACCUGUUUGUGCGGCAGGGCACCGGUCUCCAGGGCCAGGGAGUCUUCAAGACCAAGCUUACAUUCAGGCCACACUCCGACGCGACAGCGGCGACUCACAAGAAGAUGACGCUUCUCUUGGCUCGACCGCUACUCAAGACGCAGAAAAUCAAGAUUGUUCCGAUUUCUGGACUCGAUCCUGAAGUCACAAUGCGCAACGAGAUGAUCAAGAAAGAGGAGGAGCGUUUGCGUGCGUCCAUCCGACGUGAGAAUCAGCAGCGACGCAUAAAAGAGAAGUCUCAUGGCAGCGGCCGCCUCACAGCCUCCUACCUCGAGCCUGAUCACUAUGACGAUGAGGACGAGGAAGACGAGGGCGCAAUCUCGCUAGCUGCCAUCAAGAACAAGUACAAGUCGAACAAGAAAGGUCGAGGGGAUCGUCCGCCCAUCUACUCAUCAGACAGCGACGAAAGCAGAAAGGAGAAGGAGGACGCGCACAAUUUGGACAGCGAGGAUGAUAACGUUGCAAAGCGCAAGAGAAAGUCGUCCGGCAGUGACGAUGCACCGAAGAAGAAGAAGACUUCGCGAAUGCUAGUGGACAGCGACGAUGAGGAAGACAACGAGGAGGAGGGUGGAGGAGGAGGAGGAGGAGGAAGUAAGGCUAGUGAUGAGGAAGGCGCAGGAGAGGUGGAGACCCCGGAGGGAGGAGGAGGAGCUGCAGAGGAGGCGGGCUCGGACAGCGACUGAGACGAGCGGAGAAAAUAACCGCGCGUGGUGAUUGCAUCCAAACGCGUGGUUUGGUUGUAGCUAGGUCCUAGGGGACCUAAGACGCAUAUGUGGUAGACCGAGGACAUGACACGUUGCUGCGAGUGAUGGAUCGUUAGACGCCCCCCCCCCCCCCCGCCUCGAUAAUAUAGCCUGUAUAUACGUAUAGAAUAUAGCUUACGAUUCACGGAAAGGCCAGUGGUGUUUCUCAUUCCUAUUACUUUGCUGCGCGAAAAUGUACUGUAUAAUCAAGAAAACAAUGUCAAUCGAGCGUGGAUGGAUUUCGUGAUUUUAAAUGCGUAAGUGCACGUUUGAAGUAAAUGACGGGAAAUUACAAUUAAAAUAGUUUAUAAAUAAAAAUAAAAGGUUUCCUCGCUGUACCAGGAUAGCGUAUUUACGAAAUUUGUACAGUUUGAUGUUUGUUUAUGAUUAUGAUUAAACCAAGUGUUGAACCGCAAUGUGAAAGCGUCAUUGCUUAUAAUUUUGCAAGUCGUUUGAUAAUAAAAAAUCAUUAUUUAUGCAA